GGAGGGAGCGCCUCGCGGCGAGGGCGGCUGCCCGGCUAUGGGGCCGGAGCGGCGGAGGCGAGCUGCCCUUGCGCCCCAGUUCCGCCGGCUGCUUUGCGUCGCCGGCGUCUUGCUUGGUUCCGGGGUUGCUGGGGCCGUCGGGACGGAGAGAUCCCGCCGCCGGUCUCCCGCAGUUGGCACGAACGUGCUCUUCAUUAUCGUGGAUGACCUGCGGCCGGCAUUGGGCUCUUAUGGAGACACCCUUGUGAAGUCGCCCAACAUCGACCAGCUGGCAUCGAGAAGCGUUGUGUUCCAAAAUGCUUUUGCACAACAAGCGGUGUGCGCCCCAAGCAGAGUGUCCUUCCUCACCGGGCGCAGGCCUGACACCACCAGGCUCUACGAUUUUGAUUCCUACUGGAGGGUGCAUGCUGGCAACUAUACCACGUUGCCCCAGUAUUUCAAGGAGCACGGCUACAUCACCAUGUCGGUGGGCAAAGUGUUUCACCCAGGGAUUUCAUCCAACUACAAAGAUGACUAUCCAUACAGCUGGUCUUUCCCGGCUUUUCAUCCUUCCUCGGAAAAAUACGAAAAUGCACAGGUUUGCAAAGGGAAGGAUGGAAAGCUGCAUGCUAACCUUAUUUGCCCGGUGGAUGUUUCGGAGAUGCCCGAGGGGACUUUGCCAGAUAUCCAGAGCACGGAGGAAGCCAUCCGCUUACUGAAAGUCAUGAAAGAAAGCAAGAACAAUUUUUUCCUGGCUGUUGGAUAUCACAAACCUCAUAUCCCAUUCAGGUACCCACAGGGGUUUCUCAAAUUGUAUCCCUUGAAAAACAUCACACUGGCCCCAGAUCCGAGCAUUCCUAAAGGACUCCCUUCUGUGGCUUACAAUCCUUGGACAGACAUCAGGCGCAGGGACGAUGUCAAAGCACUGAACAUCAGUUUUCCUUAUGGGCCAGUUCCAGAGCACUUCCAGCGGAAGAUUCGCCAGAGCUACUUUGCAUCCAUCUCUUACCUGGAUAUGCUAGUCGGGAAACUGUUGAGCAGCCUGGAUGAUGCUGGACUUUCUCAUAACACAAUGGUUGUAUUCACAUCUGACCACGGCUGGUCGCUGGGUGAGCAUGGCGAAUGGGCAAAGUACAGCAAUUUUGACAUUGCGACCCGUGUGCCACUCAUGUUUUACGUGCCGGGAAUGACGACUCCCCGCCCUCAUGCAGGACAAAAGCUUUUCCCUUUCAUUGAUCCUUUCACCCGCAUUUUCAGCCGUCUGCCUCCAGGGAAACCCAAACAAAUCGUUGAGUUGGUGUCUCUCUUCCCAACACUUGCUCAGCUAGCUGGACUAGAAGUUCCACCCUUGUGUCCCCAGACGUCAUUCCGGGUCCCGCUGUGCACUGAGGGACACAGCAUGGUUCAGUAUUUCCCAUUCGUGGAUGGAGGACAAGAGAAGGACAGUGAUGAAGGAAAAGAAUCUGGUACCCCUGUUGCUUUCAGCCAGUACCCCCGUCCAGGAGAUGUUCCUGAGCUGAACUCUGACUUGCCAGCACUUAAAGAUAUAAGAGUGAUGGGGUAUUCAAUACGCACGGCUGUGUACAGGUGUACUUUAUGGCUUGGAUUCAAUCCCAACAACUUUAAGGUCAAUCUAACUGAUGUCCAUGCAGGUGAGCUGUAUUUUGUAGAUAUGGACCCCAACCAAGAUCAUAACAUGUACAACAAAAGCAUCCUGCAUGGGGAUCUCAUCCCGAAACUGUGUGAUAUCUUGGAGUGUUAGACUGGGGGACUGGCUUCCCAUCUGUAGGAUUUUGUUACUGAGUUGACAGGGACAGUAUGUCAUAUACACAAAGAGAUCUCUCUCAUGGUAGUUGUCUUUGUAGCAGGUAUUCAUGAGCCUGCUGUGUGUUUUUAAUGAUAUUUGUUCAUUGUUAAAGAAUAAAGACUCCUGCCUCUUUUUUCGCACUCUUAUUAGGUUUGGAGAUAACGAUUGUGAACUUUGACUGAUUUCUUAAGUGCUAGAAAAAGAAGACCCCACACACUGAGUGUGGUGUAGUGGUUAAGAGCAUGGAACUGGGACUAGUCUGCCCAGCCAUGGAGCCAACUGGGUGGCUUUGAGCCAGUAAUAGACUCAGCCCAACCUACCUCCCAGGGCUGUUGUUGUGGGGAUAAGAUUGAGAGAAGUACAAUUGAGAAUGCUGCCCCGAGCUCCUUGAAAUGAAAGUAGAUGGGAUAUUGAUCUACGAGUAAUAAACAAACAGACUUCAAAUUAA